AUGUCGAUAACUUCAUUUUGCAUUGAAACUCAAGAGAUUGGCCAUCUUAAUCCAUCAAUAGUGGUGGCAACUAGCGGCAAACUGAGWGCUUGUUCACCGUUUAACCCUUGUCAAAAYGGCGGACAAUGCACUGAAAAGGAUGGAGGAACAAACUAUASKUGUGCAUGCCCUGCAGUUAAYAUUUUUGGAAGGAAGURUGAGCUUCUAAAAUGCGUGCUAUUCGACUUUGAGACUGGACGACUUGACGGCUGGACCCUGACAGGAACAACAUUCAACAAUCAGCCAACAUAUGGAGAUAACCCUUGAGCUCGUGGGCGGCCAUCAUCGAACCUCAAAGGAAACUGGUUCAUAGGAACAGUUGAAAACAGACCCAGUCCAUCUCACCCAGUACAACUGCAGGGAGAUGGCCCUACAGGAACUGCCACCUCGCCGCUAUUUGUAAUUCGAGGUUCAAAACUGACGUUUCUAAUUGGUGGUGGCUCUGACGUUAAUACUGAACGACUCGAAUUGCUGAUUGGUGGAAAUGUAGUUGCCAAGGCAGCGAGUACAAAUAACAUCGAUACCAUGGAGCGACAAGAGAUCGAUAUGUCGUCUUUUAAAGGCCAGGUAGCUCAGAUUCGAUUAGUUGACGAUUCGUCAGGUCUUUGGGGUAUUCUCAACGUUGACCACAUCGAGGACAGCUAUUGUACAAAGUAAAUCAUGAUCGUCAGUUUUCAUGAUAAACGAAGAUUGGUAGUCAACUAGAUUGAAACUAGAUUGAGUAGGCCUUUUGCAUGAA